AUGGCAACACCAAUUGCAGACCAUCAUUCCUCGAAGAAGAGUCCUCAUGUCACCUCACAUCCAUUCUCAAAACUACGUUCGAGAGUAGAUCACUUGUCUUCGGACCUAUCAAGAUUGGGAGUAGCGUUAACGACCACGUUAAACCCUAAUCACAGACAUGACGAAGCAUGGGAGAAGGAAGUAGACGCGAAGAUUGAGGCUAUAAGGGAUGGGCAUAGAUUUAGAAGUUUCGCAGGGGAAAGAGAUGGUAACGUUGUCAAAUGGCAUGUUGAUGGCCAUGAUUACUUCUGGGCAAUGUCAGAACUGAUUGAUCAAGCCAAAGAGUGCAUCAUGAUUCUCGAUUGGUGGCUUUCACCGGAGUUGCAACUGCGAAGACCAGCAGCUCUGUUCCCCGAAUGGAGGCUUGAUCGACUGAUCAAGCGAAAAGCAGAAGAAGGAGUACGGGUAUAUGUUAUGGUGUACAAAGAGGUGGAUUUAUCAAUGAGUUUAUCUUCGAAACAUACCAAACAUGCCCUUGAGGAUCUACAUGAGAAUAUUUGUGUUAUGCGGCAUCCUGAUCAUAGUGGAGGUGAAUUGGUAUACUACUUCUCGCACCACGAAAAGCUCUGUGCCGUCGACAACAAAUGGGCUGCUAUGGGUGGAUUAGAUGCAUGUUUCGGUAGAUGGGAUACUAGAAAUCAUCCUUUAGCCGAUGUCCAUCCUACCCAGUUCUACAAAUCUCUUUUCCCAGGUCAAGAUUAUAAUAAUUCUAGAAUUAUGGAUUUCCAAACUGUGGAUAAGUUCACGAGUAAUGCUCUCGCUAUUCAAGAGGCUCCCAGAAUGCCAUGGCACGAUGUUUCUUUGACUUUGAUGGGACCAUCUGUCGUUGAUCUAGUACAGCAUUUCUGUGAAAGGUGGAACUUCGUGAAAGGUAUCAAAUAUAAACAUGAUCAUUUCUUCGAUUGGCUUGCUUUACCUUAUCCUUGGAAUAAUGUUAGAUCCCGACACGAUGAAGAGCACAUUAUAAAAGACAACGAUUUCAGAGCUCAUCACCCCCACUUGUCCGAAUGGAAAGAGCGUGGAAGACAAUUCUUCCAUCCUUAUCACUUCCCGCCCUCCGAUGCGCCCAAAGCUUCAGAACCGGUACCUUACGGAACUUCUCGUGUUCAGGUUCUUCGGUCAGCUGCAGAUUGGAGUCAUGGUAUCCUGAAAGAAGAUAGUAUUCAACAGGCGUACAUCAGUCUGAUUAGAGAAGCCAAUCAUUGUAUUUAUAUCGAGAAUCAAUUCUGUAGCAUCUCCUCGUGUAAAGAAGGACAACCGGUAAAGAAUCUCAUUGCCCUUGCAUUGGCCCAAAGGGUCAUUUCUGCAGCUAAAGAAGGCAGGAAGUUCAAGAUUAUCGUGCUUAUACCAGCUGUUCCCGCUUUCCCGGGAGAUAUUCAAUCGCAGUCUGGGUUGAAAGCAAUCAUGGAGGCUCAAUACCGGACUAUCAACCGUGGUGGAGCUUCAAUCUUUGAGAUGGUCAAGGAAGCAGGAUUUGACCCUAUGCAAUACAUUACUUUCUGGAAUUUGAGAAGUUAUGACCGUAUCAAUAAUCCUCGACAACGAAUCAAGCGCAUGGAAGAAAAGUCCGGUGUAUCAUUCCAUGAAGCUCAAGUUGCGCUCGCCAAAGUUUACGUAGGAUCUGAUGACGUUGGUGGUGGUCAAGACGAGACUGUUAAUAUUGAACAAGCACAUGAUCAGACUGAUAGUGUUGAUCAAAUUGGAAAGAAAAAUACUGUUGAAAAAGCUAUCAAGCUACCUAAGACCAUAGAUGAUGCCAAAGAAGUCAUCGAAAGAUUCCAAAAUGGCAGAGCUAAUGACGAUAAGCAUGUCUCUGACAAUGUCGGUCAACAUGCGUUCCAAGACAAAACUUCAUUGAUGGAUGAACACUGGGAUGGAACAGAGGAGGAAGAAUUAGCAUGCUAUGUAUCUGAGAUACUGUAUAUCCACAGUAAACUUAUGAUUGUGGAUGACAGAAGAGUGAUUUGUGGAAGUGCCAAUCUGAAUGAUCGAAGUCAAGUCGGUGAUCAUGAUUCUGAAAUCGCUAUUGUGAUCGAGGAUUCCGAUAUGAUUGAGUCCAUGAUGGAUGGAAAGAAGUAUAUGGCUUCUAAUUAUGCGACAACCUUAAGGAGGACAUUGAUGAGGGAACAUCUUGGACUUUUACCACCUCAACCACCAUUUGAUUCUGCUGAGCAUCCUAAUUCAGCAAUGCAUCCCGUACCCGAACCACACGUUUACGACUUCGGUUCAGCAGAAGAUAAAGCUGUCGAAGAUUUCCUAGGUGAUGAUUUCGAGAAGCUCUGGGUUGGUACUGGAAGAGGUAAUAGAGAGAUCUUCGAGAAGAUCUUCAGACCUGUGCCAAAUGACUCGAUAAGGAAUUGGGAAGAUUACAAAAAAUAUUUAGCUCCAAAUGCUGGUAUUGCUACUGGUCACGUAGCAGAUAGGUCUUUGUCAUUACAGGAAGUCAAAGAAGGUUUAAGUAGAAUCAAAGGUCAUUUAGUUGAUAUGCCAUGUGAUUUCUGUAUUGAUCUCAAAUGGAUGACCGAGGGUGAUUGGUUAUCUGUCAAUUCAUAUACCUUAGCUUUGUAUGUUUAG